UCGCCAUCACUCUUUAAAGGGCAGAGUUGUGCAAACUCCCAGGCUGCUUGCGGGGAGUCAUUUGAGCAGGAUUUGUGGCUCGACAUCAAGCUAUCGAAAGAAGGAAACGUGCCUGGAAUCUAGACACGUCGACAUCAUCAUUUCCUACUGCACUUUUAAAGUCCCCGAUCCUCCAAGCGGAAGCCUGCUCUUGCAAGAAGGACCUACUGUCAUUUUCCAUGAACCAGAACCUCGCCACGUUUCAGGAAAGAGAUUCAUCUGAUCCACAAGAAGUCAAUCUAUACCUUUCCAUCACAACGGUCACUGCUGCCUUGAAGAUUGUUUUUCUUUUCUUGUUUUUGCGGUGCCGCGGGGUUCCACAAACAACAGAGACUCAAACCUCAUUACCAGCGAAGCAGCUAUGCAGCUUGAAAUUCAAGUAGCACUCAACUUUAUUAUUUCCUAUCUCUACAACAAACUCCCCCGACGACGUGUGAAUAUCUUUGGCGAGGAGCUGGAGAGCUUGCUGAGGAAGAAAUACGAAGGCCAUUGGUAUCCGGAUAAGCCGUACAAAGGCUCGGGGUUCCGCUGCAUCCAUGUAGGGGAGAAGGUGGACCCGGUUGUGGAGCAGGCCGCUAAAGAGAGCGGGCUGGCCAUAGAAGAUGUCCGCAAUAACCUCCCUCAGGACCUUAGCGUGUGGAUUGACCCCUUCGAGGUUUCCUACCAGAUCGGUGAGAAGGGAGCAGUCAAGGUGCUGUAUGUGGACGAUAGCAGUGAGAACGGUUCCGAGCUCGACAAGGAGAUCAAGAACAGCUUUAAUCCCGAGGCCCAAGUCUUUAUGCCAAUCACCGAGCCCGUCGGGGCCUUGUCGGAGUCCAGCUCUCCCUCCCCUCCUUUCGGGCAAUCGGCCGCCGUCAGCCCCUCCUUCAUGCCGCGGUCGGCCCAGCCGCUGACCUUCACCACCGCCACCUUUGCCGCCACCAAGUUCGGCUCCACCAAGAUGAAAAGCAGCGGCCGCGGCAACAAUAGCGCCAACGGCGGCGGUAGCAACAAGGCGGCGGCGGCGGCGGCGCGGUCGUCGCCCAUCGGCAACCUGGGUCUGAAUGUCAACACCUUGCUGAAGCAGAAAGCCAUCUCCACCUCCAUGCACUCGCUGUACGGGCUGGGCCUGAGUCAGCAGCAGCAGCAGCAGCAGCAGCAGAAGCAGCCCUCGGCUCUGUCCCCCAACGCCAAGGAGUUUGUGUUCCCCAACCUCCAGAGUCAGGCCAGCCCCGGCGGCGGGCCAGCGUUUGCCGCCGAGGCCUCCCUGGGGCUGGGCUCCCUGGGGCUGCCGUACAACAAUGCCUUGGACGUGUUUGCAGCCUACGGAAGUCUCAACGACAAGUCCCUGGUGGAUGGCCUCAACUUCAGUCUGAGCGCCAUGCAGUAUUCUAACCAGCAAUUCCAGCCCGUCAUGGCUAACUAAGUCACCACGCAAGACGGUUAUUUAUAAACCAAGUUGGCUCGGAAGAGAGAGGGAAAAACAAAACGCACACUUUGGAAACUGGCGUGCUAGCGACUCGUCAGUCAAGCGCAUGUGCCCAAGGGUUUGCUAACUGGAAGCCCUUGAGAUUGUUUUCUACUCGGAGAAGCUUGUUGUACAAACACAUUCAAGCUUGGUUACUUCAAUUCACCAUGCGUUAUUGCUUUUCUUUUUCCCUUUUUGCCAACCGAGCACAAUAGUCUUUUAUUUUUUACCAUGUUGAUGAAAAUACUCCCAAAAAGAAAAACCCCACAAGCUUCGAGUUUUGGCCUCUUCCAGUAUUUUGCAGUUGGUAAGACAAGGCAGAUUUUUAUGAAUUGGCACUACUAAGUGGGGUUACUUGGUCUUUUUCUAAUUGUAUAAUUUAAUUUAGUACAAAGUUUGUAAGAUAUCAGAGUAUAUAUUGUUUCUAUGACAUGGUGUUGCAUUUAUAUCUUUUUACUACUCCAGUGAUCUGUGAUGGCUGCAGCAGCUUUUCCUUCUUUUUCUUUUUUUUUUAAAGACUUGUUAAAGAAAUCCAUCUUUAAAAGAAAAAAAAUACACCAGAUAUUCUGAAGAUUGUGUACAGAGUAUUCCUUUAGUGGUGGAACUCAAGUGUAGGAAUAUUUGCUAUUUCUGAAAGAUGAAUUGUAUUUUCUUUUAAGAGGUUGAAGAUUUUGCUAUACUAUGGAAAACAAAUGUAAUCGUAUGGAUAUUAAUUUUGUACCUACAUUGUGCAAUACUUGAUGAAAAAAAAAUACGGUAUAACAAAGUAUUUUGAGUCAGUGUCUUACAUGUCAAGAGGGACUGAAAUAGUUUAUAUUGUUAAGUUUGUAUUAAAUGCUUCAAAAGUAUAUGCUUGUCUUUAUUAUUUUUCAUAUUUGCACCCUGGUCUUUUUAAUAAAAGAAACUACAGUUGGAA